AUGGCCGGAGGCGACAUGAUGAAGGCCCUGGUUUUCAGGCCUGCGAGUCAAUAUCUAGCUGUGGAAGAUGUCACCGUGCCACUCCCUGGGCCAAAGCAGAUCCUCAUCAAAGUGGAGGCUGUUGCGCUCAACACGGUAGACGUCAUGAACCUGGACCAUCCUAUCGCACUCCAAGAUACGCGUGUAGUGGGCACAGACUUCGCAGGGGUUGUGGAGAGAAUUGGCGAAGACCUCAAAACCCUGGGAGAUCCGCGGGUGAAGAUUGGCGCACGCGUCGCUGGACUUGUUCAAGGCGCAAACUCCGCCAAUGACCGCCCCGGUGCCUACGCGGAGUAUGUUGUGGCUGAUUUUGACCUGACGUGGAGAGUUGCUGAUGACGUACCGCUGGAAAACGCCGCUACUAUUAGCCUGUGUGGUCUCACUGCGGCACAGGGCCUUUUCUACCGUAUGGGCUUUCCAUGUCCGUUUUAUGGGACACAGAAGCUCGCAGAUGUGGAAGAGCCCGUGAACGUUUUGAUAUACGGCGCGACAACCAAUGUUGGGCUUUUUGCGGCGCAGCUGGUUCGUAUCGCGGAAAAGACGGCCGGCAACAAAGUCAGACUCAUCGGAGCCGCCAGUGCCUCGAAGCACGCCUCACUAAAAGAAGCGCCGUAUAAGUAUGACGUCUUGGUCGAUUACCGACAUCACGAUUGGCCAGACAGGGUCCGCGGGGCAACAGGAGGGAGAGGCGUGUUGUACGCUGUUGACGCAGUAUCCGUUGGCUCAACAGUGGCAAUGGUCGAAAGCACCUUAAGCCCUUUGGGUAGAUUUGCUGCUUAUCGGACCCCGACCAUUGGCGGGUUUGACAUUUCUGCCUUGAAGAUCAAGCCUAUCAUCGGUCCAGUUUGGGAGGGCCUCGGAGUUGAGAUCGGCUAUCACGGUGUAACACUACCCGCUAAUUCCGAAGCUAGGAGCUUCGCCGCUGCGUUCUUCAAAUACAUCAGCCAAGAACCAACCUCCGGUUCGAGCGUUCUCCAAUCGGUUCCCAUUCGCCUCAUGCCUGGGGGUAUGGACCGGAUAGUUUCUGACGGCUUCGCUGUCCUCCGCAAUUCGUCUCUAGUAUCCAAGGCAGGAUCUCAUCCGAAGAAAGACGCUCAUUUGCAGCCAAUCAGCAUGGAGAAGUUGGUGUACAAGAUAUGAACAGGACUGGCCAGAACUGUGGGACGUCUUGACUUCCGUUCCCCAAAUUCUACACAGAUUUUUUAAAGCUUACAUGAGCCGAG